CAGCAGCUCAAACCGGAGAUCCAGACGGAGAGAGGAGCAUUCAGAGCUUCAGGCGCCUGCAGAGAAGAUGGAGAUGAAGAUGAGCUGUGUGUGUUUGGUGCUGGGGCUGGUCCUGCUGAUGACCGUCUCCUCAGAUGCUCAGCCUCUUGCCGUUUCCCAGGGCCAUCCUGACUUGUGCUGUUUCAACUUCGCCACUAGUGACAUUCCAGAUACGGAAAUAACAGGCAUUGUGAAAACACAUCACAACUGCCCAAAGUCCGGCUACGUGUUUACAACACCGAACGGCAGAUUCUGCAAGAAGGACCUGCAGUCCAGCCACAGCAAACAGAGCAGCUAAAAGCUUUACACGCCCAUUUAAUCAUCACAGGAUUUUAUCGACCAGCGCUUUGCUUUAUCAGUAUUAUCAGUGAUCUGUUUAACUCUGUGGAAAUAAAAGUCUAGACACAAUAUUUUGCUUC